CCCUUCCACAAAUUCUCUUCUGAGGAAACGAAACUGAUCCGAGUCUCUCUGUCGUCUGUCUGUGUGUGAGUGAACAACAACAGUCUAAAUGGCUCAGCAGGGAGUUCUACUGGACCAGGACCAGUUCUGUUGUUCUGUCUGUCUGGAUCUACUGGAGGAAACGGUGGCUAUUCCCUGUGGACACAGUUACUGUAGAAGCUGUGUUGAGGGCUACUGGGAUCAGGAUGAUCAGGGCAUCUACAGUUGUCCUCAGUGCAGACAGACCUUCACUCCAAGGCCUACUCUGAGGAAAAAUAACAUGUUGGCUGAGGUGGUGGAGACACUGCAGAAGACAGGACUCCAGGCUGCUCCCCCUCCUCUGUGCUAUGUUGGACCUGGAGAUGUGGCGUGUGAUUUCUGCACUGGGACCAGAAAGCAGAAAGCCUUCAUGUCCUGUCUGGUGUGUCUGGUGUCUUACUGUGAGACUCACCUCCAGCCUCACUAUGAUGUUCCUGGACUAAAGAAACACAAGCUGGUCAAAGCCACUGCACAACUACAGGAGAAGAUCUGCUCUCAUCAUGAACAACUGCUGGAGGUUUACUGUCGUACCGAUCAACAGUGCAUCUGUUAUCAUUGUGUGAUGGAUAAACAUAAAGGCCAUGAUACAGUGGCAGCUGCAGCGGAGAGGACUGAAAUACAGAGUCAGCUGGGGAUGAGUCAGCAGAAUGUCCAGCAGAAUGUCCAGGAGAGAGAGAAGGUGCUGAAGGAGAUCCAACAGGCUGUGGAGUCUCUUAAGCGUUCUGCAAAUGCAGCAGUGGAUGACAGUGAGAGGAUCUUUACUGAACUGAUCCGCUCCAUGGAGGAAAGGCGCUCUGAGGUGAAGGUGCUGAUCAGAGCUCAGGAGAAGGCUGAAGUGAGUCGUGCUGAAGGUCUACUGGAGCCACUGAAACAGGAGAUAGUUGAGUUGAGGAGGAGAGAUGCUGAGCUGGAGAAACUCUCACACACAGAGGAUCACAUCCAUUUCCUUCAGAGUUAUCAAUCUCUCUCCAGUCCCAGUGUAUCUUCAGACUUGCCCAGCAUCAUUGUCUGUCCUCUUCAGUACUUUGGAGAUGUGAAUAAGUCUUUGUCUGAGCUGAGAGUGAAAGUAGAAGACCUCCUUAAAGGAGAAUGGACCAAGAUCUCCACUACAGGGAUAGCAUGUCAUAACAACCACAGCUCCCAGACGAAUGCUGCUCUGCAGCAAGACGACCCCAUGGAGGACAAGGACAGGGGUCAGGAGGUCAAAGGCCGCGAGAUCCCUGUUGGAAACUUGGUCGACGUUGACAGCACUCCGGUCGCCAAAUCACUGCAUGGAGACAGUGAGAGAGAAAGCGAUGGAGAAAGGAAGAAAGAGGAAGAAAGACAGAAACAUAAGGAAAUGGAAAGUGAGAAAAAGAGGGAUGGCGGGAGGGAAGUUGAAAUGGAUGGAGCAAGGGUAGGAGAGAGGGAUGGAACAACUGAAAGAGAGAUGGAGGGGGUGAGAGACGAAGCGAUGGAUAUAGGGUGGGAAAACAAGAGGGAUGGAACAAGAGAAGGAGUGAAGGGUGAGGAGGAGAAGAGGUUGUGCUGCUCUCUCUCUCAGCUGAAGAAAGUCCCUGAGUGUCACAAGGAGCUGGAGCCGCUGUCCGUCAGCAGAACUCACAACGUCCUCAUAGAUGUGAAUGAGUUCCACCAUGAAAGGACAUUGAAACCUCAUUUUGGACAUCAUGUGUGGCACCGUGACUUUGUUAAGAUGCCCUGCUCACCAGAAAGCCUCAUGAAGACUGGAUGGGUAUCCAGCUCUGAGCGAAGUCGGUGGAAGGUGGUCUGUAAACAGCUGGAGAGUCUGGCCAAGAAGACCACUGCAUCAGUGGGUGAUGUAGAGAAAGCCAUAAAGAAAUACAACCCAAAGUAUGAAGAUCAAUGGUCCUUUGAUGCCCUGCAUACCUUUGUUCAGAAAUCACCCAAAGAAGAGGCAUUCUACAUGUCUGUUUUUCCUAAGAUAGCAGAGCUGGCCUCCAGCCUGCCUCACUAUAUCAAGAAGGCUAUCCCUCUACUCCAGAAGGGCCAGACUCAGUCCAUCACGUUGUCCCAGAGACAGAUAGCUUGUCUGCUGGCCAAUGCCUUCUACUGCACCUUCCCCCACCGCAACUCUCCCAACCCCAGAGCAGAGUACCACAACUACCCCACCAUCAACUUUAACAGUCUGUUUGAAAAGUGGUCUGAGAGGAAGAGAGAGAAGCUGAGAGCCCUCCUUCAUUACUUCCACACUGUCACAGACCCAGCGACCAGGCCCAAUGGACUGGUGACCUUUGAGAGGCGCUACAUCAGAGACAGAGACAUGCCCUACUGGGGGAGUUGCAAAGAGACUGUUCCUAAACUCCAUGUCACCUCAGAAGGCUGCAUAGAGGAACAGGGAGCAGGGAUGUUACAGGCAGACUUUGCCUGUAACAUGAUAGGAGGUGGAGUGUUGGGCUCAGGUCUGGUUCAGGAGGAGAUUCUGUUCCUGAUGAACCCUGAACUCAUCGUAUCUCGACUCUUCACUGAGAAACUAGGAGACAAUGAGUGUCUCUUCAUCACAGGUUCUCAACAGUUCAGUCAGUACAGUGGCUACAGUGACACUUUUAAGUGGGAAGGGCCUCACAGAGACGACAUUGAGAGGGAUGAGUGGCAGAGGCUACACAGACAGAUUGUGGCCAUGGAUGCUCUCCACUUCAGACACCAGAGAGAACAGUACAACAUGAAAAAGGUCACCAGGGAACUCAACAAGGCGUACUGUGGUUUUAAGGCAGAUGACAACACUUACCCAGACUUCCUUCCUGACAUCGCCACGGGAAACUGGGGCUGCGGAGCCUUCAAUGGAGACCCCAAACUUAAAGCUCUGGUCCAGCUGAUGGCUGCAGCCAGGGCCAAGAGGGGCGUGGCCUUCUUCACAUUCAAGAACUUAAUCUUGGAGAGAGAGCUGCAGGACAUGCACCACCUACUGGUCACACACAGAACUACAGUGGGUGAGCUGUAUGAGUUGCUGGUUGACUACUGUGCUGUGAUACAGUUGGCUCACACACAUGUGGACCUGUUUGACUGGAUCAGGAAUACCCUGAAACACAGGAGUCAGCUGUGAGGACACAUCUACAUACUCUAAAGGAGCUUUCUUUCCUUGUCUCCUUUCCUUUUUUCACAUUAUUGAGAUGCACCCCAGAGAUAGAGUGGCUCUAUGAAUGAUCUGUGGAUAGAAACAUGGUACAAUUCCAAGUAAUGGUUGAUUAUGAAUGUGUUUGUCUUUUCAAUAGUUAAACUGUUUCUAAAUCAAACUGAUACAUUUGUAACUACUGCAUACUGAACUAUUUAGAAAACGACUAAAUGUGAUGAUAAAACGAAGAUAAUGAAAUGAUGUCAACAAAAUCAGGGGUCCUGCGUUUUGAUUUAUAGACACUGGAAACUAUGCACAUAACAGGAGGUUGGUGGCACCUUCAUUUUGGAGAACGGGCUCGUGGUCAUGGAGUGGAAUCAGUGGAUUGGUAUCAAAUACAUCAAACAUGUGGUUUCUAUGUGUUUGAUGCCGUUCCAAUUUCUCCUUCCGGCCAUUAUUAUGAGCAGUUCUCCUCUCAGCAGCCUGCUGUGAUGCACAAGAAGUGUACUGUAAAAUACUCGAGAAUUAUUAUUAUUUUUAAAUGAUUAAUAAAUUCCUCUUUAUUAUCCAGUAAUAAAUUCCUCUUUUAUAAUCCA